AGUGGGGAUGGGUAUCUUAGACUACUGUAUAUUACUAGGUAGUUGAUAGGAAAUCGAGUUACACAUCGUUUACCUUGGAGCUAAACUGGGUCUGAGGGAUUGCGAAAGCCCUCAGAAUCGCUGCUCUGUUCAUGUUCCCUUGGGAUGUUUACAUGCCAAGAAUAUGGUAAACAUUGGUUGUACAAUUGACUUCCAUAAAUCAGGCUCGGGGAAUGAAUCAAUCAGUGUACAAGAGAAUCAGACAAAUCUUCCUCCGGAUCGCAAGGAGCACCUCAAUGAAGUGGAGCUCCACGCUUUUAUCCCAGCUCGCGUUUCCAUUCGAAGUGCUUCUUACUCUUCUUGAGUUUGGGAUAAACUUCGAACAGCUCUUGAGCUUUCCUUUCUCAGCAGCGAGGAAAUUUGACGCGAAGUGGGUCCGUGUUUCACGACUUCGAGAUGUACCCAUUUUCCGUUCUGCAGUUGAUUCUAAUCUCUGACAUGAAGCGAUUACGAGUUGCCUAAUUAAAUCAUGGUCCAAGAUAAUCCACUCCAGAAGACUCACUUCCACCUUUGUACCCCGCCGUGUUCAAGUUCCUCCACCAAGUACACUCCGGAUCCUGAAUAAUCAUCAACCAGUAGCAUGUUGAAUCACAGUGUAGCAUGCACACGACCUACCACAAGAUUUCUGCUCGGGAGAGGGACACAGCUCCUCGGUAUUACUACAAACGUACCCGGACUUACACCUUCAUCGAGCGGGUCAUCAACUGGGUUCGGAAGGUCUUGGCCUUUCUAUUCACUCAAGUGGGCGUGUGUGGGCUUAUCGCUUUGUAUAUGGUGAUGGGAGCCUUUGUGUUUGCUUCCCUCGAAGCUGAUUCCCAGAUGGAAGAAUCUGUGGUGGCCUUGAAGCUCCGGAAAGGCUUUGCCCGCUCAUUAUGGAAUGCCACCCUGCACACUAAUGUAUUAAGACAGGAUGAUUGGCAAAAGUUCACACGGAAACUCGUGGUUGAGUUCCAACAUGACAUGGUUGUCAAUAUCCGCCAUGGAUACACCGGGACCAAUCCAGGAGUGCGAAUCUGGACAUUCUCCUCUGCCCUAAUGUAUUCAUUGACGAUUUUUACCACGAUAGGCUAUGGCAAUUUGACGCCUAAAACGGACAUGGGCAAACUGACCACCAUUUUCUACGCUCUGAUUGGGAUUCCGCUCAUGUUAUUGUAUAUGACCAACAUUGGACACAUCUUGGGAUCCAGCUUCAAAUACACGUACACGAAAUUGUGCAGAUGCAGUGAACCAGAGAAGAGUUUGCCCACUAAAGCCACCUUGCCUUCCGCCUUGGCGACAGAUUAUUCCGGACCUUCAUCAAUUUCUAGAUCGGGGAGUCGAAUCCCAAGUAGAGAUGGAUCUACAAGCAAAAAGAGCUCUAAUGAGUCCGAAUCCAAGUUCUCUAAUCCGUUUAAGAAUCGUCGGAAGCGCAAAAUGAGUCGGGACAGCUCAGCGAGAAAUUCUCAAAGGGCGUCCCGCAAGGGUCGUCCUAGUCUCGUCGUGUCUCAAGUGGGCGACAUCGAUCUGGAGAAAGAAUUCCCAGACGUGAACCAAGACGGAGUUCCUCCAGCUAAUGAUCUCAUUAUUCAUCCAGAGCCUUCAAAUGGUCUGCAAGUGCCGAGACCAACCAAAGGGAGUCUAAAAUCCGCGCUCUCGCCGUUAUUAAAGCGGAAAAGGCCGGUCUCGACAUCUCAAAUGGAGAACGGUGACGACUCAAAUCCAGAAGAGAUCCAGAUGGCUCCCCCCAAAACGGUUACGGUCGAGUUCAAAUUAGUUGAAGACAUUCGUUUAGUCACGAUCCCCGUCACUUCUUGCCUUUUCGUGCUCAUGUUCUAUAUCAUCUUGGGCACGGUCAUUUUUUCCAAUUGGGAGGGUUGGGACUAUUUGGACGGUGCGUAUUUCUGCUUCACGAGUCUCAUGACGAUUGGGUUCGGGGAUUUUGUUCCUGGCAACGACUACAUUUACCAAGUGGAUGAGUCCGAGGACAAAACCGAGGCCAGGGCUAAACUCAUCAUUGGGACGGUCUACAUUCUUCUGGGAAUGGCUCUUCUGGCCAUGUGUCUGAAUCUAAUGCAAGAGAAGAUUGUGCAGCAAGUCCGUGAUGUGGCUCGCAAAGUCGGCCUUAUUCGGCCUACUCGGUUUGAAGGAUAAUUGUUCGGUCAAAUGUGGUUUCAGAUAAAAUAUAUUGUCGAUGCCAAAAGAGGAACAUUUGACAGGUGUUCAGUAUACAAGCAAGGAAGACAUUUUAAAGAGAAGGAGGAGAAUCAGAGCUCAUAUCCAAAGUCCUUAAUCCACUUGAGGCCGGAGACAGUGUCACCCUUGGGGUUAUACUCCAAGCCAAUCCAACCACCAUAUUUU